AUGUUGGCGGCGGUACCCUCAAUGAACAUCACCAUGGAGCGCAACAGCAGCCACGAUAAAAGUCUGCUGUUGGUUGACUACUCGAAGCAACGGGCACAGAAUGACACCUUAUUGGACGACGCUAGCACUAUGGAAGACGCCAGUUGUCAAAGCAUGACGUUGUCCAAUGUGUUUGGUGGCGGCAAGACACGGCACAACAACAACAGCAAGCAGGCUCAGACUCCAAAAGACGAGGAGCAAUCGCAACAGCAACUCCAAGAAGCCAUUUCUAAAACAGAGGUGCUCCUGAACCUGCCGCUGGAUAGAGCCGAGAAGGAACGGUACAGCUUUUGUGGAGGUAAUAAUAGACUCUACCAUUCGGAUCACAAGCCCAGACAAGCCAGUAGAAAUCAGCGACCGUGCCUUUCCGCUGAUCCAAGAGAAGCCUUUGGUGCUUCGUCAUUGUCUUCUUCCGGUCACAUCCGACGCUCGUUUCGCAACCGCGGCAUUGCCAAUGACAGUUGCAACAGCCUUGCAUCUCUUGCGACGGACGCAGAUGAAAGCGCGGUGAGUUUGUUUUCCGCGACCAGUGUCUCGGUUACCUCCUCGGCUCCCACUGUCGUCACGAGCAAUGUGCGGUUCUCCUUGCGCCGUAGCAGUCACCGGCGACUCAGUAUGGAAGAUUCGGACGACGCCAGUGUCUCUAGCACGGUUCGCUUGCGCAAGUCUCUCUCCACUCGAACGCUGGAUACGAGCACUGGCAAGCUGAUGAUGGACGAUUCCAUCAUCAAGAACGAUCCCAGCUUUCGCAGUCUCCUCCAAAAGAGCAAAUCCGUGGCCAACAUGGAAAGCUGCUCGGGCAGUAGUGGUCUUUCAAGUUUUCGUUCCACCAAGAGACGGUCCAAACGAUCCACUCAGCUACCUCGAAAGAGCAAUUCCAUGGAAGGAGACAAGAAAACGGCAACCAAAAAGGCCAUUGCCGCAAUCAUAAUGGAUGGAACAAACGACGAGCCGCAAGAAUCAUCCGGUCAACGAAAUGUCCGCUGGGCUAGCAAACCAACCCCCAAAACCAUCAACGUCACCGACGGCGGCAUUCUCAAUGCCUACCUCUCCAGGCACGUACCUUCCGGUCAAGAAAUGAUGGACGAUAGCAGCAUCACAACGACGACGAGAUCCAGUCGCCGCAAGACCCCUUCCCGACAUUUGUCCAUGGACUCGUCCAUGUCCGAUUGUUCCUACCGAGCCUCGACGAUCAGGUCCACCAAGAGUGAACCCCUCAUGGAUAACGAUGAUAAUGAUGAUGACGACAACUCGUUGACCUCUGACAUUUCCAUGAGCAGUCGUCGCAGCAUUCGACGCGGCGGCUCCAUCCGGGGCCUUUCACAGUCGGAAAUGUUCUUGUGCAGUGCGCAGCAAAAAAAGAAAAAGCCCUCCACGUCGUCGACCACCCUAAAGAACUCUCAGUGGACCAGCAGCAGCAAUAAAAAAGGCAGUAGCUUGACGACAUCCACAAUGAGCAACACUCUACAAAGUAGUGGAGCGCCCAAACAGAGGCUGCCGGAUCAUUUGCAGAUUCACCGAACGACUCAUAGAGCAAGCUCCAAGAGGCUGUUGGGGGAUGGGUCCUUGACAGAUGAUGAUGAGUCGGAGGGAUCCUCCAUCCGAUUCUUUGCCAGCCGGAGGUGA